CUCCUUCCUCCCCAGACCAUCGUUCCCCACGGCGCCGUGCUCGCCGAGCCCGCCCUCCCGCUCCCCCUUCCUCCCCCGACCACCGCUCCCCACGGCGCCGCGCUCGCCGAGCCCGCCCUCCCGCGCCGUCCCGCUCCCCCUCCCUUCCCCGACCACCGCUCCCCACGGCGCUGCGCUCGCCGAGCCCGCCCGCCCGCGCCGUCCCGCUCCCCCUCCCUCCCCUGACCACCGCUCCCCAUGGCACCGCUCGCGGCCCCGCCCCGCCCCCGCUGAACGAGCUGGAGCGCGUGCGCCGCGUCGGCAGCGGCGCGGGUGGGACGGUGUGGAUGGUGCGGCUGCGGGCCACGUCCCGCUGCUACGCCGGCGACAUCGCCAUCCUGCGCACCGCCGAGCACCCUGUCGUGGUGCACUACCACGGCAUGUACGAGCGCGGAGGCGAGCUGCAGAUCCUGCUCGAGUACAUGGACGCCGGCGACAUCUGGAGCUUCGGCCUCAGCAUCCUCGAGUUCUACCUCGGCCGGCACGGCGACUGGGCCACACUCAUGGUCGUGAUGUCGUCGCCGGCAGCCGUUGCGCCCGCGCCCGCGCGCGCCGCUGCUCGCCACCCUGCCGCUGCCCCGCGUGCUCGCCGUCUGCCAGUCGCGGCUGCCGUGGUCGGGAGGCUGGCGCUGGUUGGCCUGCCGGCAGGGGGGGCGUGCCCAUGCCCUGCUCCGGCGGCCGUCGACGCGGUGUGCCAUGAAUAGUGGAAAUAGAGGAGAGAGAAGGGAUGGGUGGGUGGGUGGGUCCCUCAGGUUUCAAUGA